UUUGUUUUCCUAUUUUCUUGAUGAACACAUAACAUGAUUCAACUACUACGGCCAUGGCAGUGUGUAUGGGACCGUUUGUGAAAGAAAAAGCGCGUGUCGUAUUCGUUCAGACACAACCAAUGGACUUUGCACCCAAAACAACAUAUAUUCAUUUACGUUUAAAGGUAUUGCAAGUGCUAUGGAUAUGCGUUAAUACCGAAACAAAAUCGAGUAUGCGUAUCUAGAGUAGUAGCUUUUGUGAUUGUGUCUGGCUACAGUAACAUCAAAAAUGAAAAAAUCCAACGCAAACCGAUCCGAGUCCAAUUGAAAAUCAACUCAGUAUUCAUAAGGUGCUUACAGCGAGUCGAUGUUGCAUAGACUCUUGGAAUAAUACAUUCAAAGCGCAUCAUAUUUACAUUAUUUAUACAAAUUUUCUUUUUGUAACCGUUUGGAGGAACUAUGUGUGUGCGUACGAAAUUUGUUGAACAUCCAGCAUCAAUUGAGAUUCAAGUUUAUGAGUUUUGAUCAGUCGCCAACUCUAAUAUUGAGGCUAAGUUUCAUAAAACAGAAAAUCUCUUGAGAUUGUCCGGAGCAAAUAUAAAACUCAAAUAAUUUUCGUGGGUUAUUCAAACUCUGAUAUUAUUCAACAUGAAAGUGGAUAAUUCAAAUACUUCGAAGACCAGCAGCAUUGCCACACAAUUGCUAAUAGCUGGAACUGCUGCGUGUCUCGCUGAUGCGGCCACAUUUCCAUUUGAUACGGCCAAGGUGCGACUACAAUUGCAAGGUGAAUCCACAAAUUUGGGCAACCGCAAAGUUGGAUCGAACAAUGUAAAAAAUUUAUUGAAAAUACAAGCAAAGCGACCGUUAACAACGGCUCUACCAAGCAAUGCAUUUAGACCGACAGGCCGUGGAUUCAUUUCGACAACCGCAUUCCCCGUUCCAACCCACGAAAUACCUGCACAAAUCGAAAAGAUUUCAAAAACUAAUCUACAAUAUCGUGGACUUUUCGGGACGAUUGCCACCAUUGCGCGGCAAGAGGGUGCGGUAGCCUUAUAUAAUGGUCUUUCUGCAGGGCUACAGCGACAGGCUGUCUUCGCGUCGGUACGUCUAGGACUGUACGAUUCGGUGAAAGAAAUAUAUCAGAAAAUGUUCACCGAAAAUCCAGAGGGGUUGCAUGUAAUGACACGAAUGCUCGCUGGUAUUACUACCGGCGCCAUGGCAGUGGUUGUCGGCCAACCCACAGAGGUGGUUAAAAUUAAAUUUCAAGCACAAAAACGUUUGCCGGGAAGCCAGGCACAGUUCACAUCAACACCGGAAACAUAUCGAAAGAUUGGUCGGGAAGAGGGUGUUCGAGGCUUAUGGAAGGGCGCCAUGCCAAAUAUCGGGAGAAAUGCGGUAGUAAAUGUUUCGGAAAUCGUUUGCUAUGAUAUUGUUAAGGAAUGUCUUAUGGUAUACGGUGAGAUGCGGGAUAAUAUCUAUUGUCACUUCACCGCUGCUGUUAUAGCAGGUUUUGCAGCCACUGUUGCCGCUUCACCCGUUGAUGUUAUCAAAACCAGAUACAUGAAUUCAUCAAAGGGACAGUACAGCGGAGCCAUUGAUUGUGCCAAAAAAAUGGCGAAACAGGAAGGUUUCACGGCAUUUUAUAAAGGAUUUGUUCCAGCUUUUGCACGCUUAGUGUCUUGGAACAUAUGCCUAUGGAUUACAUUCGAACAAAUAAAAAAACUAGUCUAUUCCAAUAAAAAGAAUUAAUGUGAUCACUCGAGUCAUUAGUAUAAGUUUUGAGUUUAAAAAAAUAGUAUAUAUACUGUACAAAUGUAGUAUCUACUUACUCUUUACAUAUAUUUUUUUUCUAUAUUUUCAUUAAAUGAAUAGUAGUAAUGCAUACUACAAUAGUAGUAUUUGUAUAUUAACUUUUAAUCCAGCUAUAUUGUAUCCGGACUCAAAUAUAAAGAAAUCGUGAAUAUAAAUUGAACUAUUGCAUUUAUUGUAAUUGGUUCUGAA